GUCUCGAAUUCAACCUAGGGUUUUGAUAAUCGGGUCUGGUCGGAUACCCGAAAAUUCUCGCGAAAUUGCCAUUCCUACCCCUUCCUCUUGCGACGAGGACAGAGAGGCGGCGGUGAAACUCCUUUCUCUAUCUCUCCCCUCUCGUUCUUCUCUCUCUAAUUCUCUCUUACACAUCCCCGUCAUCCUUUUCUCUCUUAGUGACCUCCGGCUACUGUUCAUCGUCUUCUUGACUAGAACAGAGGAGUUGCGGUGACGGCACCCUUCCCUCAUUUUCAUCCAUUUCUAGCACGAUAUCAGUCAUUAUUGCCGUUCGAAGAAGGAAACUCGGAACGAUACACUCUCGGUUCCUCUGUUGCAGCGUCCAAUCUCACGCUAAAUUCAUAAGUUCUUCUCCCAUCGCCCUCUCUUAGGUGGGACAGAUUAAACGGAUGCUGUAUGCCCGAGCCCAAGACAAAAUCUAUCUGUUGGCUUUGAGAACCGUUCAUUGGGAGCCUAUUAAUUGAAUGCUUCAAGCCCAAACUAGACAAACACAUUUUGGGCCUCAAAUAUUUAAAUUCGGCCUACUGACAUAAAGAUUAAUGACAAGACACAACUUGUGAGUUGUAAGAUCUGGUAGUUCAAUAGAAAGAAUGGAGAAGACAACUGCUGAAGCUUCCAGUGACCAAAAUGUCUCAGUACCGGUGUCAAUUUGGGAAGCAUUUCGGUUGCAUUUGAUCUGUGGGUUAGGGUUAGCAGUAGCAUUCUGGGUUGCCCACAACAUCUAUUCUAUUGAUCUCAUUUCUAACCCUGAUCAGACCCUAUUUCUCAUCUGGGUUAUCGAGACACCAAUAAUAAUUGGAGUUUACAGUAUCUCACGAUGGAAUCCCAAGCAAUGCUCGUUCUUGAAGGCGGUUGGACAUGGCUUACUAGGAAUUCCAGCUGGGGCAUUUCUAAAUGCUUUUGGAGCUAUUGUUUUGGGGGCACCUAUUGGAUUUCUGUAUAUAAAGAGAACCAUUAGCUGGUCCCUGCUCAUGUCCUUGUUCACUUUUGCACCUGCAGCUUCUGUUUUUGGUUCAUCAUGGAACAAUUGGCAGCGCCUGUUUGUAUAUGCCAAGCCAGCUGGCAUUGUUGAUUACAUGAUUUGUCUACCAGCUCAUGGGACUGUUAUUGGAGCUUGGCUUGGGGCUUGGCCUAUGCCCCUUGAUUGGGAAAGGCCAUGGCAGGAAUGGCCAAUUUCUGUCAGCUAUGGAGCAAUUGCUGGGUAUAUUAUCGGAAUGGUUGCAUCUUUGGGCUUCAUAUUUAUGUUUGACAGGAGACGGCCACAUGUCAAAGGAGACUAAUGGAACACUAUCAACUCRUACCCUCUUCAUUCUCCUCAACCAAUAACUGCAAGGCUAUGAGCACUAUUGGCUUGAUACACGUAAUUAGCCGCAAUAUGAUCCUCGGUGAAAAUGCAUGACCUUAUUGAUCAGGGUUCACUAUUUGAGAAGCAAUUUUGUGCCCAUUGAACCUCCAUAUGAGAAAAUUAUGAUGUUUGAUGCAGCAUGAUUUGAAGUUUGAGGAAUGAGAUUGACAAAUUGUAAUCGGAAAUCUUGAUAUGAGAAAUAUCUAAUGUAAUUUUCAAAGCUUUGCAUGAAAAUGAUUUACAUUCUAGGUCCCCA